GAUUUCCUAAUUAUUUUUAUUAGUAUUUUGUUCAUGAUUUAAGCGAUAUUCUAAAAAUAGAAGCAUAGCGUCGUUUUUCCAGUACUAAAAAUGUUUUAGCAAUAUUUCAUUUGAAAAUUAGAACUGGAUAAUCUAAUUUAUAUACGUAUGACGUAGUACACACGGAAAUGGCUUUUUAUAAAUCGUGAACAAAACAAAUCUUACAAAAUAAAAAAUCUAUUUUAACUUAUGCUUGAGAAAUAGAUAAAGAUUCAAAAUGCCGAAGGUGGUGUCCAAAAGUGUCGUCUGCACGGACACCAAAGAUCAAGAAGAAUACCAAGGAGAGAAGCCGCUCUAUGUGUAUUAUUGUAUCUGUGGGCAAAUGUCCCUCAUUUUAGAUUGUCCAAUGGAGAAGUUACCAUUAAGAAAACGAGAUGGUGCCAGAGUUAUUGAUGGCCAGAAACAUGCCAAUAAAUUAAAUUGUGAACCAGACAAUAUUAUUUACCUUCGCAGACCUGAAGGAAUUGAAAAACAAUACAGACAGAAAUGCAAAAGAUGUGGUCUAUUUAUCUGCUAUCAUCACCAAGGUAACAGUAAUAUAAUAUUUGUGGUAGAUGGAGCAUUAAAACUUGAGAGUGAGGGAGUGAAGAAAGAUAUUUAUACUCAGUUAGCUAAACCACAGAAGGUCACAUUAACAAAACACACUAAAAACAUGGGUAAAUUUAGUUCUGUUACCGUGUCAACCAUAGAUGAAGAGGAAGAUGAAAUGGAGGCUAAAGAAAUUGCCGAUUCCUACGCUGCCAAUGCUAAAGUUAUAGAGAAACAAUUAUUACGUAAAGGAAUGAAUAAACGUAAACUGUUAGAACAGGCUGAGGAAGAGUCUAAACGUAGACCCAAAGGAACUUUAAUUGAUAAAUAGAGACCCAAAAAACAUUGUAGACAUGGAAAGUGAUAAUGAGCCUUUGUAUCUGGAUGAUCUGGUCUAUCC